UUUUACAUCACAUAUAUUUUGCAUUAGUAUUCAGAAUAUUUGAAAACAAAAGAGUUUACACUUCGCGUUGAUAUAUAUCAAAUAUCUCUGUGGACUGUGGUUACGUCUGCUAUUCAAGAUCACGAUGUGUCGAUUGCUAUGUUGUUGCUUCUGCCGCAAGAAGAAAAAGCCGCGAGAAGUAAAAAGGGGCAAAAAAGGAAAGAAAGAUGGAGGUCUUGUUGUGGUGAAGCCGACUAAGACUAAGAAGCGUCGCAAUGAACCAGUAGAUGUAAGCGGAUGUACAGACCUAUGUUGCUGCUUUGGUGGAGGCGGAGGCGGUGGAGAUGGUGGUGGUGGUGGAUGUGGAGGCGGCGGCUGCGGAGGUGGAGGUGGAGGCGGUUAAAAGAUGAGAAUUUUGUAAUUCUGUAUGUAAUGAUAACUUCUUGUAUU